AUGCUUUCCCGAGGAUCCGCCCGCACUGCGCAGAUUCUGCGCACCGCGCAGCCCGCGCGCGCCUACGCCACGGUCGGCUCUGACAUCUUCAAGCCUACCAAGUUUGGCGGCAAGUACACGGUCACGUUGAUCCCUGGUGACGGUAUCGGUGCCGAGGUCGCCGAGAGCGUCAAGACCAUCUUCAAGGCCGACAACGUCCCCAUUGAGUGGGAGCAGGUCGAGGUCUCUGGUCUCAACACCACUACCCCCGAGAAGACUGAGGACCUCUUCCGCGAGUCCGUCGCCUCUCUCCGCCGCAACAAGCUCGGCCUCAAGGGUAUCCUGCACACUCCCAUUGAGCGCUCCGGCCACCAGUCCUUCAACGUCGCCAUGCGCCAGGAGCUCGACAUCUACGCCUCCAUCUCCCUCAUCAAGAACAUCCCCGGCUACCAGACCCGCCACGAGGGUGUCGAUCUCGCCAUCAUCCGUGAGAACACCGAGGGUGAGUACUCUGGCCUGGAGCACCAGUCUGUCCCCGGUGUCGUCGAGUCCCUUAAGAUCAUCACCCGCGCCAAGUCUGAGCGCAUCGCCAAGUUCGCCUUCAACUUCGCUCUGGCCAACAACCGUAAGAAGGUCACCUGCAUUCACAAGGCCAACAUCAUGAAGUUGGCUGACGGUCUCUUCCGUUCCACCUUCCACCGUGUCGCCAACGACUACCCCACCCUCGAGGUCAACGACAUGAUUGUCGACAACGCCUCCAUGCAGGCUGUUAGCAAGCCCCAGCAGUUCGACGUCAUGGUCAUGCCUAACCUUUACGGUGGCAUUCUGUCCAACAUUGGCGCUGCCCUCGUCGGUGGUGCUGGUAUCGUCCCCGGCUGCAACAUGGGCCGUGAUGUUGCUGUCUUCGAGCCCGGUUGCCGUCACGUCGGUCUCGACAUCAAGGGCAAGGACCAGGCCAACCCCACUGCCCUGAUCCUGUCCGGUGCCAUGCUUCUCCGUCACCUUGGCCUCGACGACCACGCCAACCGCAUCUCCCAGGCCAUCUACGGCGUCAUUGCCGAGGGCCAGGUCCGCACCCGUGACAUGGGCGGUGAGGCCACCACCCACCAGUUCACCAAGGCCAUCCUCGACAAGAUGGACACCUUGUAA